CACACAAAAGUUAUAUAGCCAAGUUCCACUUUCACACUUCCCUAUAUUAUAUAACACACACUCUUUUUUCUCCAGAAUCAUUUAUAACAUUCAUAGUUUCUGUUCCUUCUGCAUUUCAUCUUUGACUGUUAGUUGAGUUCUUUCCCCUCUUUGUGUCCUGUUUAAUGAUAUGAACAAGAGAUGUGAAUCUUGUCUUGAAUAGGAAACAUGAGAUCUUUAAGCAGGGUGGGACUUGCUCUAAGCAUAGUCUUUGGUUGCUUGCUACUAGCUCUUCUCGCUGAGCUCUAUUACUUGCUCUGGUGUAAAAAGAGGAGGAGGAGACCUAAUCUACAAAAUGACUAUUCUACCCCUGUAACCAGAAAGCUUCUCUUCAUCUUGUGUUGCAGCAGCACUAACCCUUCUUCUUCUUCUCCUUCCUCUAACCCUAAACCUAAUGAAACUCAACAGCAAUGUCUUCCUCCUGAUGAUGGCUUUGGGAACGCGGUGGGUCCAGGGCUCGUGCCGAGGUUUCUGUUCACCAUCGUGGAGGAAACAGUAGAGGAAAUGGAAUCUGAAGAAGGUGUUUCCACAAAGGGAAAGAGCUUGAAUGAUUUGUUUCUAAAUAUGGAAAGUGGUUCUUCUCCUCCGUAUCUCACUCCUCGUGCUUCUCCUUCGCUUUUCACGCCUCCUUACACUCCGUUAAGGGAGUCUUGUAAUAAUGGAAGAAAAGAAGGUUUCUUCGAGUCAUCUGCUGAUGCUGAGUUUAACAGGCUAGUGAGAUCAUCCCCAUUGUCAUCAUCAUCAACGUCAUCAGCUUCGUCAUUGCCGAGAUUUAAGUUCUUGAGAGACGCAGAGGAGAAGCUUAACAAGAGGAAAGGGAUGGAGAUUGCAGAAGCUGACGAGGAAAUCAUCAAGGGCUAGAAAGUGAUAAAGAGUCAGAUUUUGAAGAUGAAGUUUCAUCAAGAACAUGACAAAAGGUGGUCCAAUAACGUUUUGAGUUUUCAAAUUUUAUACAAAUUGAAAUGACAUAAAUUUUUAUUUGGAUUUUAAUUAUCUUUUGUAAAGCAAAUUUAGCGUUUACGCAAGCGUUGCCUUGCCAUCAACAAUUCUUUUAUGGUCUUGAUGAUGAUGAAAAAUAAAUUUGAUUAGAAAGUUUAUGGAUUAUUCAAUCAAAA